CGCUUUGUCUCUACUUUAUUUGACAAAAAGAUACAGUCAGAGCUAGAAAACGUUCUAGGUGUAUUACAAAUACUCAUAGAACAAAAGAAGGUCCAUAAUCUGAUAGAAGUUGCCGGUGGAGUACCACUACCACCACGACAAUUAACAACUUCUUGUUCUGAAGAAUAUGGUGUGUAUGGUAGAGAUAUUGAUAAGGAGGAGAUAUUUAAGAAGUUGCAAUUAGAUAAUGCAAAUGGUGAUGAGAUAUGUGUUGUUCCUAUAGUGGGCAUGGGUGGGGUUGGUAAAACAACCCUUGCUCGGCUUGUAUAUAAUGACAACCGAGUAAAGGAGAAUUUUGAUCUCAAAGCAUGGGUUUGUGUUUCAGACACAUUUGAUAGUUUUAGAAUAGCAAAAACUAUUCUUGAAGAGAUCACUUUGUCUAACUGUGACAUUCAUAGCUUGAAUUUGUUACAAAUUAGAAUAAGAGAGAGCUUAAAGGGAAAGAAGUUUCUCCUUGUUUUAGAUGAUGUUUGGAAUGAGGAAUAUAUUGCUUGGGAUAAGUUAGUUACAAUACUUAGAUGUGGGGCAAAAGAGAUCAAAAUCAUUAUUACAACACGUAGUGAAAAUGUUGCGACAAUUGUGCAGCCUAUUUCAAUUCAUCAUCUAAUGCAAUUGUCUGAUGAAGAAUGCUGGUUGUUAUUUGCAAAGCAUGCAUUUAAGAAUGGAGAAUUGAAUUUAGAUAAAGAACUAGUUGGUAGAAAAAUUGUUUGUAAGUGUAAAGGUUUGCCUUUAGCUGCAAAAGCAGUUGGGGGUAUGUUGCAAUCUAAACAAGACCUAAGAGAGUGGAAUCAUAUUUUGGAGAGUGAUAUAUGGGAUCUACCAGGAGGUGAAAGUAGUAUCCUUCCAGCUCUAAGAUUGAGCUACAACUACCUCCCAUCACAUUUGAAACGAUGCUUUACUUAUUGCUCAAUCUUUCCAAAGGAUUUUGAAUUUUCAAAGGAGGAGUUAGUCUUGUUGUGGAUGGCAGAAGAUUUAUUGUUGAAACCCAAGGGAAAUGGAAGCAUGGAAGAAAUAGGUGAACAAUACUUUGAUGAGCUAAUAUCGAGAUCAUUUUUUCAACGAUCAAAUAAUGAUGAACUAUGUUUCAUAAUGCAUGACCUUUUUAAUGACUUAGCAAAAUUUAUAUCUGGAGAAUUUUGUUUUAGGUUGGAGAUUGAUAACUCACUUGAAAUUACAAAAAAGAUGCGUCAUUUGUCAUAUUUUCCAACUAAAUUUGUUGUCCCUAAGAAAUUUAAGGAGUCUUAUGAAGCUAAGAAUUUGCGAACAUUCUUGGGACUAAAAUCGCCAUCUACGUCAAAUUUCAGGAUUAAUUUUAUAUCAACAAUGGAGAUAAAUGAUUUGUUAUGCACAUUUAAGUGUUUACGAGUAUUAUCAUUGUCUCUCUACAUAUUAAUAAAUGUGUUGCCCGAUUCUGUUGGAAAUUUGAAACACCUUCGCUAUUUGAAUCUUAAUGGCACCUUUAUCAAAGGCUUGCCUGAUUCUGUGUGUGGUUUGUAUAAUUUGCAAACCUUGUUAUUGAGGAAUUGCUGUUCCCUCGUAGAGUUGCCA